GACUGACAAUUUGCUUGUCAAGACGGAAUCACGAUUUUUCUGCUUCUCCUCAAGAGGACGGAAAUUGUUUUAAAAAAUCACAAGAAAUAUCGUUUAUUUUUAAUACUAAAUAUUACACAGAAUUAAUUAUAACAGAAAUAUGGACGAUCCAGAGCUAAAUCUCCUGCGCCAGCAGCGUCUCCAGCAGAUGCAGGGCGGUGACCCAGAGCAGCAAAAGGCCAAAGAGGAACAGAUGGCCGCCCAAGAGGAGAUAAAGAACUCGAUGCUGUCGCAGCUACUGGAUCAAAAUGCUCGGGCCCGUCUGAAUACGUUGAAGCUGAGCAAACCGGACAAGGCGCAAAUGGUGGAAGGGAUGAUCAUCAGGAUGGCACAGAUGGGUCAGAUCGGAGGGAAACUGGACGAUGCCUCGUUGGUGAAAUUGCUGGAGAGCCUUAAUCAGCAGAUGCCCCGCAGCGGUUCUACGGUGAAGUUUGACCGUCGACGAGCCGCACUGGAUUCGGACGACGACGAUGACUACGGGAUUUGAAGGCGAUUGCCCUCCGGUGGGUGAAAACGGUUCCGACAGUGUGGAAUCAAAAGCUUCACAUUUUGGCUGCGGAGAACGCUAAUAUCGGGCUUGCCGCAGAAGAUUCGCUUGCUUUCAGGCUCGUUUGGAGCCCAUAUUAAUCUGAUUAACGGUAAUAUUUUAAGGACGAAAUAAACUCGUUUAUAACAAUGCA